UUUGCAAUGGCUAAUGUGAGUUGUGAAUAUCAAGACAAUUUUGAUAUAUCAAUUGCAAAUCGCUCUAACAUCAAAUUCGAAAACAGUUUUAACAAUAUAACAGAUUGCAUGGUUGGAGGUGAUAACAACACUCCCCGCCGCAUACGACGCUCCGAAGCUUUACUUAAACAAGCAGCAGAUUGUGUUUCAAGAGGACAAACGUUUCAGCAUGUCUCUGAUAUGUUUAGUAUACCUAUAUCGACAAUCAGAUUUUUCAUGGCAAGGAAAGGCAUAUUGCCACGAAGAAAGCGAGGUCGCUCAUCAGGUUUUCAAAUGGGCGGUGGCGGUAGUGGCCCGGAUAGUCCUGUCAACUCCUUAUAUCAGUUUGCUAAUUACAAGUUGCCUGCACUGCAACCAAAGCUUAUGUAAAGUAAUAACCUUUUAAGAAAACAUUGCCAUAAGUUAAGGUUGAUCGCUAAUUUUCCUUUAUACUUGGCUUUUUGCAAUCGAUGUUUAAAUGACUGGAUAAUUUAUUCAAAGAAGAGUUUUUCACUACUUCACAUUUUAGAAUCAGUUUAUGGUUACUCAUUUUCUUUUAUUAAAGUGAAGUAUGUUAUUAUUCUUGUUUGAUUGAAUCACUUAGCAAAAUUAUUUAUGAUGAACAUUAACGAAACUUGUAAAUAAGC